UGUUGUUGCGUUACAUCCCUCCCUAAUUUUCAAGGUAGUCUACUUCACUGGUCGUCUGUAAAGAGUGUAAUUCAGGUUUGAUUAUAUGACCUUCUUCCAUUUCUCUCGUUCGUAAAAGUCGAAUACACUUUCCAGUUGCUGAUAAAAAUCAACCAACAUCGAACCUCGUUGCGUGCUUUUUGAAUUGUUUUGAAUUGUUAUACUUAAUAAAAUCCGCAAAUUUAUUCCUGACCAUGUCUUCCUUGAGUGCAAAAAUUGGUCCUUCAAUCCUCAAUGCGGAUCUCUCUCAGCUUCAUGAGGAAUCUCAACGGCUGUUGGACAACGGUGCCGACUAUUUGCAUUUGGACGUAAUGGAUGGCACCUUUGUGCCGAAUCUCACCUUCGGGCAUCCGGUGGUCAAAUGUUUGCGAAACAAAAUCAAGGAUGCAUUUUUUGAAACUCACAUGAUGGUGCAGGCCCCACAACACUGGAUAGAACCGAUGGCAGACGCCGGAGUCAACCAGUAUACGUUUCACAUCGAACCGGUUAUGGGCAGCGUCCCGGAUAUCUGCCGAAAAAUCCAGGAAGCCGGCAUGAAGGUUGGGCUGGCUUUGAAACCAGGAACUCCAGUCGAAACGGUUAAGGAAUUCAUCAGCAUGGCCGAUAUGGUUCUCGUCAUGACGGUCGAGCCGGGUUUCGGAGGGCAGAAGUUUAUGACUGACAUGAUGCCCAAGGUGCAGUGGCUUCGUGAGAAUUAUCCCAACUUGAACAUCGAAGUAGACGGCGGUGUUGGUCCAGGCACUAUCGAUACCUGUGCGAAGGCAGGCGCAAAUAUGAUCGUUGCUGGAACGGCCAUUAUCAAGGCAGAUGAUCAAGCGACUGUCAUUCGACAGUUGAAACAUUCCGUUGAAACUGCCAUUAAACGAGCUUAAUUCGAACUGGAUAUUUCGAAAAAGAAUUAUAGGUACUAGGUGCAAAUAUAAAGCUGUGACAUUUUCAGAAAAUUCCAAUCGAAGAUUUGGUAAAAUUAAAAUAAAGUCUUUUAACAAAAAAAAGCAUUGCAAUUGACACUCCACUUGAAUGAUGGUCCAAAUCGGUGCUAUCUAAUUCCAAUUUUGAAGGAAUCCUCCUCACUGGAGUGACAAGGAUUCAGCCAUCGGAAUAGAAAAAACUUUAAAAUAAAAAAAAACGAUUAAGAACCUAGCAAUGCAUCAAAAACAAAUAAGACUUUCCAGGAAUUUCGGUAACAUAUUGAAAGAGAAUCAUUUAGCUUUGAAAAAAAUACUUAAUUGAAUCAUAAAAAAAUAGAAGAUGAGUCCCGCAUUCACAACUCAACAAUUUUAUCGGGGUGAUGCUUCACCAAAUGCGUCUCGAAUGCUGCAUCUUUGAGAAACAGUUCGCCACAGUAAGCACACUUGAUUUGAUAGACGGUAGCCUCGCCACUCUUCUUGUGUCGUUGGAAAUGGACGUAAUGGUUGGCAUCGUUACUGGUCGUAUUGUCACAGAAUGGACAGCCGAAUGGCCGAAGGUCCGUAUGCAUGCAUCGGACAUGGUGAAGCAAACGCUUUCUGAAAUUGGGAAAUUGUGUGGAAUAAUGGGUAUACAAGUUAACUCAAUCUCUUCAUUUAAAAAAAAAUGUAGUUUUUUUUUCAUAUUUCAACUGUGAAAAUACUUACUUGAUGUUCGUAACGAAUUCACACUGCUUACAGUGGAAUUUGCACUGUCUAAGGUGCUUGAACUUAUAAUGAGUAUCAAGAUUUAAUUUUGUCGAGUAUUCGUUAC